CAUCAAAAAAAAAAGUUUUCUGAAUGAAAACAUAAAAGAAAAGCAUGCAUUACAGUAGGUGAGCACCCUCGUCCUAUCAUAAAACAUAAAAUACUCAAAGAAUGCAGCAAUUAAUUCGAUCCUGGCGCUAUUGCUGGAUACUGCUCUUGCCUGCGGCACACCCAUGGACAUCGGACAGGACAUUUACAAGAUGCAUACAAAAGGACAACAAUCUUCGCCCUUCGUUAUUGCAUUCGAAGUUACCUGCAUCAGUUGGUCGGCGAAAGCGAAUCAUCUCCUUUGCAUCCGAAGGCGAUUUCGUUGAUGUAGAAUUUGAGAGAUCUCCACCAGAGAUGGAGGAAGAAAGCACCGAGGUCAUCGUUCCCUCAGAAGAAGAUAACAACGAGAACGAUUUAUCGGCACUGCUGGGAACGAGUAAGAACCUUCUUGAAGUUUCUCUGGAAACUGGUGAUCCCCGAUGGAAAGAAAUUCGCAUCCCUUUUUUUAGAGGUACGGAAUAUAUAGACUGUAAACUAACCUUUAUGGUCGAUUUGGAGGGGCAAUCAUAUGGCAUCGGCAUUCCUUUCGAUGACGUCGUUGCUAUUGUCAUCCAGGAAGACAGCGAAAAGAAGAAACAAUCAGAGAAAAAUAAAGUAACCGAAACUAAGAAUAUUAGUCCCGACGACUAUGAGCACAAUGAAGAAUAUGCAGAAUUGAUGGAAAUUUUUGCCGGCCAGGUACAGGAACAACUGGGAGAGCAAUUUCAGUUACGAAAGACACCUAAGGUUCUAACGAUCUCUGGUGGUUUGGAUAAAGUUACCAAGGAUUGGCAGAAUAGAGUCAUCACAAAACCAUUCGAAGUAGAAGAUCUACUUGAAAUGUCGAAAGAAAAGAAUAAAGAGGAAGUCAAUGACGAACUUGAUUCGUUUUUCAAAUUUAUGAAAGAUGAAUUGGGUGAAGAAGAGUUCGAAAAAACAAUGAAUUGCGAUGGCGACGAUUACACGUUGGAAGAGGAGCUCAAAGAAUUGGAGGAAUUUUUCAGCGUCCCUGGGGCUGACGGGACCUUCGAAGGGGGUACAAAGGGUUUAGAUGAGCUCAUGAAGGGCAUAGAGAAUGACGUAAAAGCAGGAGAGGUGAAGGAAGCGAAUGAAUUUAUACCGGAUACAGAAAAUGCAGCUCUAAAAUUGCUCGGUUACACCUUUAAAGAUUCCGGCAAAUCAUACUUUCUCGUCAAGCCGCUCCAACCAUGUGAGUUCGUCCCUUGAUAGUCUAAGACUAUUUUUCAUCUCGAAUAGGAGCCACAUAAAGGCUGCUUCUAUUUUUAAGCAUUUCUGUUGCUUACCAUGCGCCUCAUCACCAUAAUUCUUUUCCCUUGUGUUUUACCAUAAUCUUUCAGAUACUUUGGUCGGACGACAUGCGAAGGACGAAGAAGAUAUGAUCAGAUUUGAUCUACUUUCACCAGAAGAAGAAAAACUUAUUAUUCCAAAGCUGGAAAGUAUGUGCCAGGAAGAUUUGAAAGCCAACGGAUUAAACUUGGAUUCUUCAAAUGUCAAUGGUUAUCAGACACCCUAGCAUGCAAAUAUUUUUGCCCUGGCCAUGCAUAGGUAUACAUUAACUCAAUCCAGGAGUUGCAUUCUAGAGUAAGUCAGCAAGGAAUUGUUAUUGCGUGCCUCUUUUGAAUAUUAUAUUGGUUUUUACGCCAUAAAGUAAUAUCGUCACG